AUGCAGCCAGACCGAUGCCUGCAUUUCUGCCUGCUUGGAGAAUCCGGGAUCGGGCAAUCGGCAUUUCUGCAAUGCUACAAGCACGCCUUGAACCUUGCAACUGGUGCAAGCAAGGACUUCGCCAAGCAUUCCGAACCCUUCGAUGAACUACCCAACCUGGAGAGUAUGGUGGCGAUGGUGGAGCUGGAGGGGGAGCUGUGCCGUGUGCGCUUUACAGACGGAGCCGCAAGCCCGAGAUUCGAGAAGAUGCAGCGUGCUGCGAUCCAUGCUGCGCACGUCAUCUUGUUGUGCUUUCGACCGGACAAACCGGAGACCAUGACCAGCAUCAAGAAGAAGUGGUUGCCGCUACUCUGGCAAAUUCACUCCGAGACUCCUUGGCUGCUCGUCUCCUUGCAAACGGACUUGCGCGAGCGCUCCAAGGCGGCAGGAGAUCAACUGCCCAUGGUGGCCCCGGACGAAGCCGAAGCCUUCGUCCAAAGAUACGGCGGCUGGGGAUAUAUGGAGUGCUCCGCUUUUUUCCCCGACACCGUCCAAUUGGUUGUGGACGAAGCACUGAAUGCCGCGAACACCUACUAUGGGCUGCAGUGGCAGCUGCUUGCUCCAGCUGUUCCAGAGCCGAGCGCUGUGGAAGCGGCGGGGGUCGUGCCACGUUGGACAGCUGCUCCGGUGCCGGGGGAGAUGGAUCUGUGGCUGCCUCACGAGACCUUGACCGUGCGGGACGACCCCGUGCCAGUCACGGAGGAGCAAAUUCGUGAGGGUCUGUCACAGAUGGGCGACACGGGGACGCGGCAACAUGCCUAUGUCCGGUGCGAUCUUGCCGGCUUGAACCUCACUUCCUUGGUGAAGAUGCGGCAAUGGGAGCAGCUGCAGUUUCUGAACGUCUCCCGGAAUCGGCUGCGGGGCUUGGAGCCCAUCGGCGCCCUGAGACAUCUGCUGCACCUGAACGCCAGCCACAACCUCCUGAUCAGGAGUCAGAACUUCACUGCGCCCGACGGACUUGAGACCUGUGACAUGUCUUACAACAUGCUGGCAGAGCUCGGAGAUUGGAAAGUGCAUCGCUUCCUGCGGGAGCUCAACCUGCGCGGCAACUACAUCGGCUACAUCGGCAAUGGGCUCUUGGGCAACAAGGAGCUGCGGCUCCUGGACCUCUCCGAGAACCUGAUCCUUCAGAUUCGGAAUCUGGAGCACCUGGAGCUGCGGACUCUCUCCCUCGCACAGAACAAGCUGAGCUCCGUCGAAGGCGUGCAGUCCCUGACGAAGCUUCACAGCCUCGAUGUGCGACACAACAACAUCACGACCAUCGAAGCCCUGCAUGCCCAGGACAUUCCUCGCUUACGCAAGCUGCGGGUCUCGGAGAAUCGUAUUUCGCAAAUGAGGGAGGUGGACCAGCUGGCCGACUUCCGCUUCCUCAGCGAGCUCUACCUGAACCCGAACCCCGUGUCCCAGCUGCCGCAGUACCGCGCGCAGGUCCUGCACCGCCUGCCGCGGCUCCGGAGCCUGGAUGCCGAGCAGGUGAGCCCAGAGGAGCGCGUGAAGACGGAAGUGAUCUACGGUGCUGACGUGGAGACGCGGCGGGAGAUCUUCGAGCAGCUGCUGCCCGAGGAGACCUUUGUUGACCGGCGCCUCAUGACCGAGGCGGCCAUCGCCUUGGCGGAAGUGGAGCACUUCGGCAGCAACGGCGACGCUGGGCCCUUUGGCCAAAACUUCUCCGCGGCGGGACCGACCUUUGGAGAUCCUCCCAGGACGAGACUGCAGUACGCAAAGUUCCGGCAACGGCUGGAGCUGACAAGACUGGGUGGGACUCCGGAGGGCGUCGCGGACUUCUCGAAUUAUCCGGCUCUCUAUCAGAAGACGGCCGCCUUCGAUGAGGACCUCCGCGAAAUCCUUGAGGCUGUCGCCGAAGGCGGUUGUGAGGAGCUCUUGCUGGGCGAAGCCCAGAUCACUCCACAAGGCAUUCGCGACAUCAUUGCCUUCAUGCAGGAUACACCCUGCAGACUUUGUCGGGUCCCGAAAACACGCUUAGCAUGGCACUGCAGUCGCUUGAGUCUUGGCCGGCUGGGGGCUCUGAGACUCUGA